GCGGGGCGGGGCGGAGCGCGGCGGCCGCGGCCCAUUGUGGGCAGGGGCCGGGCGGGCUCCGCGCCGCGCAGCGCAGCGCAGCGCCGGCAGGUACGGCGGCUCCGCGCCCCGCACGAGUUUCCAAAGGGCGUAUUUAUCUUUUGGAGCGGUGCUGCCUAAGUGUCGCUUAAUCAUUAAGCAUCCGAUUUCCUCCGAGUUAUCUGUCAUGCUGCUUAUGAUCUAGUACUUAGAAGGGAGGGACGCAGAGGAUUUUGGCCAUGGCCCCACGGAAAAGAAGUGGCCGAGGGAUCUCGUUCAUCUUCUGCUGCUUUCGGAGCAGCGACCACCCAGAGAUCACGUACCGGCUGCGCAAUGAUAGCAGCUUCGCCCUGCAGACCAUGGAGCCUGCGCUGCCCAUGCCGCCGGUGGAAGAACUGGACGUCAUGUUCACUGAGCUGGUGGAUGAACUUGACCUCACAGACAAGCACAGAGAAGCUAUGUUUGCACUGCCGGCAGAGAAGAAAUGGCAGAUCUACUGCAGCAAGAAGAAAGACCAGGAAGAAAAUAAAGGAGCCACCAGCUGGCCAGAGUUUUAUAUUGAUCAGCUGAAUUCAAUGGCUGCUAGGAAAUCGUUGAUUGCUUUGGAAAAAGAAGAUGAGGAGGAGAGAAAUAAAACAAUAGAAAGUUUGAAGACUGCACUGAGGACGAAACCAAUGAGGUUUGUAACCCGGUUCAUCGACCUGGAUGGCUUGUCGUGUAUUCUGAACUUCCUCAAAAGCAUGGACUAUGAGACGGCAGAGUCUCGAAUACAUACCUCGCUCAUUGGAUGUAUAAAAGCACUAAUGAACAACUCCCUGGGCCGGGCUCACGUCCUGGCCCACUCGGAGAGUAUUAAUGUAAUUGCUCAGAGUCUGAGCACAGAGAAUAUUAAGACGAAGGUGGCAGUGCUGGAAAUCAUGGGCGCUGUGUGCCUGGUUCCCGGGGGUCACAAAAAGGUACUGGAGGCUAUGCUGCACUACCAGAAAUACGCCAGCGAGCGGACUCGGUUUCAGACGCUGAUCAAUGACCUGGACAAGAGCACGGGGCGGUAUCGGGACGAGGUGAACCUCAAGACAGCAAUCAUGUCCUUCAUUAACGCCGUGCUGAGCCAAGGGGCAGGCGUGGAAAGCCUGGAUUUCAGACUCCAUCUGAGAUACGAGUUUCUCAUGCUGGGAAUCCAGCCCGUCAUUGAUAAACUAAGAGAGCAUGAAAAUUCAACCCUAGACCGGCAUUUAGAUUUUUUUGAAAUGCUUAGAAAUGAAGAUGAACUGGAAUUUGCCAAAAGAUUUGAACUAGUUCACAUAGACACCAAAAGUGCAACUCAGAUGUUUGAGCUGACGAGGAAGAGGCUGACUCACACGGAAGCGUACCCGCACUUUAUGUCUAUCCUCCACCACUGCCUCCAAAUGCCUUAUAAAAGGAGCGGCAACACUGUGCAGUACUGGCUGCUGCUCGACAGGAUUGUGCAGCAGAUCGUCAUACAGAGUGACAAGGGGCAGGACCCCGACGCCACCCCCCUGGAGAACUUCAACAUUAAAAACGUCGUCCGAAUGUUAGUCAAUGAAAAUGAAGUUAAGCAGUGGAAAGAGCAAGCAGAAAAAAUGCGAAAAGAGCACAGUGAACUUCAGCAGAAGCUGGAAAAGAAGGAGCGGGAGUGCGAUGCCAAGGCCCAGGAGAAGGAAGAAAUGAUGCAGACGCUGAACAAGAUGAAAGAGAAGCUGGAGAAGGAAUCCACCGAGCACAAGCAGGUCAAGCAGCAGGUGGCCGAUCUCACGGCGCAGCUCCACGAGAUGAGCCGGAGGGCCACCUGUGCUGCAGUCCCUGGAGGGCCUCCCUUGCCCCCGGGAGCUCCCGGCGGGCCUCUGCCUUCCCCGGCUCCGGGAUCCCUCCUGCCUCCGCCGCCGCCGCCACCACCGCCCCCGGGGGGGUGUCCCCCACCGCCGCCACCGCCACCCCCUCCGGGCGGCCCCCCGCCGCCCCCCGGCCCCCCGCCCCUGGACGGGGUGCUGCCUCCCCCCGGGGCACCGCUGGGCUUGGCCCUCAAGAGGAAGACCAUCCCGCAGCCGACCAACGCCCUCAAGUCCUUCAACUGGUCCAAGCUGCCGGAGAACAAGCUGGCAGGCACCGUGUGGACCGAGAUCGAUGACGCGAAAGUGUUUAAAAUCCUCGACCUGGAAGACCUGGAGAGAACCUUCUCCGCCUACCAAAGACAGCAGGACUUCUUUGUGAACAAUAACUCCAGACAGAAGGAAGAUGCUAUCGAUGACACGUUGAGUUCCAGGCAUAAAGUCAAGGAGCUUUCGGUAAUAGACGGCCGGAGAGCUCAGAACUGCAAUAUUCUUCUCUCAAGGCUGAAGCUGUCGAAUGAGGAAAUCAAACGCGCGAUUUUGACGAUGGAUGAGCAGGAGGACCUCCCAAAAGACAUGCUGGAACAACUCCUGAAAUUUGUUCCUGAAAAAGGUGACAUUGACCUCCUGGAAGAGCAUAAGCACGAGCUGGACCGCAUGGCCAAGGCUGACCGGUUCCUCUUUGAAAUGAGCAGGAUAAACCAUUACCAGCAAAGGCUGCAGUCCCUCUACUUCAAGAAGAAGUUUGCAGAGAGAGUUGCAGAAGUCAAACCCAAGGUUGAAGCGAUCCGCGCCGGCUCCAGGGCAGUGCUUCAGAGCAGCAGCCUGCAGCAGCUGCUGGAGGUGGUUCUGGCCUUCGGGAACUACAUGAACAAAGGGCAGAGGGGAAACGCCUUCGGGUUUAAAAUCUCCAGCCUGAACAAGAUCGCGGACACCAAGUCCAGCAUCGACAAGAACAUUACUCUUUUGCACUAUCUCAUCACUAUCGUUGAAAAGAAAUAUCCCAAAGUUCUCCGCCUUCACGAAGAGCUGCGAGACAUCCCGCAAGCGGCCAAAGUCAACAUGACCGAGCUGGAGAAAGAAAUAAACACUCUGCGGAGCGGGCUGAGAGCCGUGGAGACUGAGCUGGACUUCCAGAAGUCUCAGGUUCAGCAAGCAGGAGACAAGUUUGUGUCUGUCGUCAGCCAGUUCAUCACAUUAGCCAGCUUCAGCUUCUCAGAUGUUGAAGAUCUUCUGAUGGAAGCAAAAGAGCUGUUUUCCAAGGCCGUGAAGCACUUUGGAGAAGACACAGACAAAAUGCAGCCGGACGAGUUCUUCGGCAUCUUCGAUCAGUUCCUUCAAGCUGUGACGGAGGCCAAGCAGGAGAACGAAAACAUGAGGAGGAGGAAGGAGGAGGAGGAGCGCCGGGCACGCAUGGAGGCACAGCUCAAGGAGCAGCGCGAGCGGGAGCGCAAGGCCAGGAAGGCGAAGGAGAGCGGCGAGGAGGGCGGCGAGUUCGACGACCUCGUCUCGGCGCUGCGCUCGGGCGAAGUCUUCGACAAGGACCUCUCCAAGCUGAAGCGCAACCGCAAGCGCAUCGCCAACCAGCUGGCGGACGGCAGCCGCGAGAGACCCGUCACCAAGCUCAACUUCUGAGCCCUCCCGGGGGGACGCGCGCACACACGCAAAAACAAAACAAAAAAAAGUUAAAAAAAAACCCGAUUAGCAGUCUUUUCCAAGUGGCUAGUUUUUUUUUUUUUUUAAUUAUUAUUAUUAUACUGCCUUGUAAUUUGAACUGAAACAGUGGCACGCUCUUUCUCCGCGUGGAUGAGUGUGUGUGUACAUACGUACUGUAUAUAUAGAGCCGGGGUGGUUGCGUGGUUGGAGACAGGCGUCGGUGUGUGUGUUGUGUGUGUGUGUGUAUGUGUGUGCGUGUGUGCACACGCGUGGGAAGCUUCUCCCCUUCCCUUCGCCCCGAUCCGGAAAGCGCGUUACUCCGACGCACAAGCACAACGUCGGGGCCGGGGGAAGGAGCCCGUCCGAGCCCCCUUCCUCGCCCGGCGAACGCCUCCCGCCCGCUCCCGUGGAGGCAAAAAAAAAGAAAAAAUCGAGUGAACGCAACCCGUUUUUUUUUUUUUUUUUUUCCUGUUUUUAUUCCAAAAACUUGUCCAUCUGUGCUUGUUGUGCUGAUUCCUGAGUUUUGGACCGUAAACUCUCUUGAUAAUUCUCUUUGAGCUGUUUUUUUUUGGGAAACGCUCGGGUUUUUUCCCCUUACCGCAACCCAUGAUCCCGCUAAAGGAAGAGCUCCUCGCUCCGGGCGCGCGGGGACCAGCAGCAUCCUCCGACGGGCGCUCGGCACGCGAGGGGCUGCUGCAAACCCCACCGAGGGCGCUGGGCGAUCCCCUCUCUUCCCGGCCGCUCAUUCCCGGCCCGCCUUUUUUUUUCCCUUUUUUUUUUUUUGGUCUUUUUUGUCUUUUUUUUUUUUAGCAGACACACAGGAGCAGCACCGCCAAGAAACUUCUGCCUCUUCGCAGCGUCCUUUUUUUAUUUUCCCGGAUGGUUUGCUCUUCGUCGUCGUCGCGGAUCUGUGAGCAGAACUACCUGUAAAAUGUUAGUCCAAAAAAAAAGAAAUAAUAAUAAUAAUAAUAAUAAUUCAAAGCUCUCAGGGAGUAAUAAUUUAAAGGUUUAGAAAAUUAAGAAUUGGAGAAGAAAAAGUAAACGCCAUUAACAUAUUAACAUUUCUAUUCUUAAAUUAUGCUGAAUAUAUAGAGGACUGUUACUUUUUUGCUUUUAUUUAUUUGUGGUGUGUUUUUUUAAGAAAACAAAACAAAACCUUUUUAUACCAUCAAUACUUUUGUGAUCUUUUUUUUUUCUUUUUUUCGUUCGUUUGUUCUUUUUCCUGUGGAGAGAUGAGUUUGUCCCUGUUGCACUAGGUAUUGACACUAUUUGAAAUAAGGUUUUUUGGUUUUUUUUUUUGGUCGGAAAAUCGGUAUUGCUGGUGGGGUAUGGGUUGCCAGUUUCCUAUAUGUACUGUAUAGCAAAAGUGCUGUUUAAUUUGUAUAGAAAAAAAGAAUAUGGUUUUUAAGCACCGCAAGGCCGUGGGGUCUGUGUGCUGUGUGAAAGCUGUGAAAUAUCACUCUGAACAGAGUUGUCAAGAGCUGUGGUUUUACCAUUUUUGUUCUUUUCUUCAUUGCAACUUUUGACGCACUGUAGAUUAAAGAAAAAGAAAAGAAAAGAAAAAAAAAAAAAGACUUUCCGAGUAGCAUUUAAAGCAGUAACAAAUACAGCAGGUAAGCGCAAAAAAAGAGCCCAGCACCUCCUGUCAAAGCAGCUGCAAAACCUGCAGAUUAUUUUCAAAGGUGGAGUUAAGCACUUUGCUUUAAGGAGGAGAGGGAAAUAAAGACAAAAAGGUAAUGAUAAUACUAUUCCUUAACUAAAGUGCCUCUAUUUAUAUUUUUUAUUUAUGCUGAAAAAUGGGGCUGAUGAUACGAUUGAGGGAACGGACUUUUGGGGGGGAAUAAAAAAAAAAAGAGGGAAAAAAGGAAAAAAAGAAAAAAAAGCCUGGCGUCUGAUGGUUUAAGGAAUGGUUGCUCACGCGUUUCGGCGCGCGGGGCCCCGACCCCCCCGGGCCCUGCCGCGAGACGCCGGUGCCACGUUGGGGCCUUCCCUGACAAACGUCCUCGUGCCCUUCCAGACCUUUUUGUGUUUCGCAGCAGCCUCGUCGCGGGGCCGAGUUUGCCAUUUCUCUGUUUCCUUUCCAAAAAAAAAGAAAAAAGAAAAAAAAAGUAUAUAUAUAUAAAGAACUAAACGCAGAGGCUGUGUGCAGGUAAUUCCAUGUGCCAUUGUUGAAAACUACUUUUAGAUCGGUGCUGGUGUAAGUAGCCACUCUUUUCUCUUGGGUGUGUAUUUUCGGGACGAUUCUUUUUUUUUUCUUUUUUUUAAUAAUGCCAAAAAGGAAAAAAAAAAUCCAUAAUAAUUUGUAAACUGAAGUAUAUGUCUUGGACCUUAUUAGCUUCGUAGUGACCGAGUUAGUCUGUUAGGUGCAAGAAUGUUGUUAGUGGUAGCUGGCGGGAAAUGCUGUGUAAUGUCAUGCGACUGUACAUUUUCGAAGACGGCAAUAUGCAAUAAAGGACCGGCAUUGCAGUGCG